UCAUACAUCACUUACUGUUUUCACUGCAGUUCAAGCGCCCACCUAAUCUCAAAGCCACCAAAAAUGCACAACAAAACCUAAAUUUAAUUUCUUUCAAAGCAGCUUAGAACAAUUGAAAAGUUUUCCUCGCUUAAAUGUGAGCAAAGAAUCGCAUGGAAUGUUCUGAUAAUUUAGUGAAAGACAAGGCGGCAUGAGGCAGAUCAAUGUUAGAGACUCUGGCAAAACCCAGCAGAACAGGAGUAAACAUUUUUCAUGGAGGGACUGUAAUACAAUUUGUUCUAGCAUUGAAUUCACUCAUGUUAAAUUCCAAGUGAAGACAAUGACUGGAUUUCUUUACAAAUAAAUGUUGCUCCGCAAAAACAUGUCAAGAUCUACAUUAUUUCAUCUGUUGAAAAUUUUGAUAAUUUAUGCAUGGGUGGUUCAAAUUACUGAAAAAAAGUCACGGCCUUUAAACGUCCACGAAGUAGCUAAGAAAAUGUCGGUAUCCGAACAACAACUGGCUGGAAAAUGUGGAAAAAAAUUCAUGCGCCGUUUAUCGUGGGAGUGAAGGAGAGCAGUUAAAAUCUGCUUUCAGUGUAUUGCUCUUCAGAUAAAUUAUUACUUAUUUGGUCAGAGAUGGUAGGAGGCUUUAAUUAAAUGCGUGUAGAGUGGACCCAUCACCACUCCAAUUUCUCUAUCAUCCACACAAUGUGGAGAAACUCUACAUACUUUUUCAUAAAAAUUCAUUUACUUACUUUCAUCUGCUCAGACUCUAGUGAAGGGUAGUUGAGCUUUCUCAUCUUAGAAUGGCCGCUCACAUAUCUCCCAACUUCUAUUCUUCCUCUUUCCACAUACUUCCCAUAUCACAAAACCGAAAAAAACUGCAUUAUAUAAGAGGACUGAAGGAAGGAUUAUCCUCACCCCACUUCAUUCUUUACCUUCCUGCUCUUGGAAAUGUGUGCAGAAUGCAGAUGGUUUGCCUCCACUAUAACUUCAACAAUCCAGUAGGAGGACUUGGGGAAAUGGAAGAAUUAUAAGAAAGUGCCCAAUUUAUCUUCCAUCUCUAUGUUUUGCUCUUGUGACUACUAUAGUCAAUGUGAGAUCUCUGAAUUGAGCAAAAGAUGGGGAGAAGACCAUUCUCCUCUAAACAAGAGGAUUUGAACAGAGGGUCGUGGACUGCAGAGGAAGACAGGAUAUUGACUAACUAUAUCCACACUCAUGGCGAGAUUGGAUGGAGAUCUCUUCCCAAAAAAGCAGGUCUAAAUCGUUGUGGAAAGAGUUGCAGAUUAAGGUGGCUGAAUUAUCUUAGGCCAGACAUUAAACGCGGUAACAUUUCGGCUGACGAGGAUGAACUCAUUAUAAGAAUGCAUCGCCUCCUUGGUAAUCGAUGGGCACUUAUAGCUGGGCGGCUCCCAGGAAGAACUGAUAAUGAAAUAAAGAAUUACUGGAAUACCCAUUUGAGCAAGAAGCUUGCAAUGAGUAGCAGUAGAGCCAUUGAUUCUACAGCCCAUAUCCCACUGAGAAAAGCUGCUAGUUUUUCAGGCAUGAAAAGGCAGAGUCAAUUAAUUGAAGAUAAUGGCACCAAACCUUGUGAAAUGAGGUGUGGUUCAGAUAAUGAGGAGCAAGCAUUGGAUGAGAUUAAAUCAUGGACCCAACUGUUACAAGAAUCGCUCAUGGCCAAUCCUGCAGAGGAUACACAAGAAGAUGAGAACAAUAUAUCAUCAUCAAAAUUGAAUGUUUCAUAUCCUCUAGAUUGUUGCAAUCUCUUUUCAUUGUCUUGUAAUGAUCUUAGGAUAGGGGAAGAUUUCUCAGUAGAAAAUCUAGUCCAACCAGGGGAUUAUGGCGUAGAGGAUAUAUGUUCCCUACAAGACACCCCACAUGAACCAUCUGACAAUGUUGAUCGUGCCAAAUGCUUCGGAAUUCCUGAAAUAUACAACACUUUGCAGGGUAAAGAAACAAGGCAGAUGGAAUUGCCUCCAUUAGAACAGCUUUUUGAGUGGGAGGACCAUGUUAACUUCUCUAGCCUCACCACAACUUAUCAAGAAGAAUAUCUAGACAAUCUUGUGGAUAUCCCUAAUCAGAAACUUGUUUCUUAAAUUUCAUCAUUCUCCUUUUUGUGAGCUUGGCAUUAAUAAAACUGGAUACAUUUUUUGUAGCUGUA